AUGGAAUCAAAAAACACACAGGUCACUUUUAAAGCCUGUUUUAAUUCAGAGCUGCGCCGCGUUUCGUUUCCUAGGUCUUCUGAAAUUAAAUAUAGCACUCUUUACUCGCGGCUCGGCGCUCUUUUUGAAUUGGUUCACUUCAAAAUACGUUACUCUGAUGAAGAUGGUGACCCAAUAAUAAUUGAAAAUGACCAUGAUUUGAACGAGGCAAUUGUCCACUUAUCAAGCUUAAGUCGCAACCAAAAUAAGCUUAUUGUCCGUUUGUUCUUGGAGAAGACCAAUCUUCCUACCAUUCCUGUUACUCCUGCUCAACCACCACAAUCUCAGUUAACAAAAAAAGCAAGUAAAGCGGCUCUUCAAAAAUCGGCCCGUGCUAAAGAGACUAGUAGCAGCAGCAGUAAAAGUAGUAAUGCCUCGUCUUCGAAAGAAGCCUCAUCAAAUGUUGAGCAGCCAACCACCGUUGAAAAUAUUGAUAACCAAAUCGAACGAGUGGUUAAUAGCGGCUUCAAAAAUAUACAAGAGAUGGUCCAAAACAUGGUUUCACAAAUCAGCAGUUCAAUUGAACGUGACCUCUCCAUGAGUAUAUCCAACUUGAAUGCCAUCACUACUGUAUCGCGGGAGCAAAUUAACGAUGAACCAAAGGCGCAUCAAUUAAACACUAGCAGCAAUAACACUAACAGCAAUAAUGAUGAUAAAAAGGAUCACGACGGGGAAACCAAUAAACCUAUUAACGAAAUUGGUAGCAGUACCUCGAAAACAACUGAAACACAACAAAUUUCCCGAUCUGUACCAAGCUCAUUGACAGAACCUGUUGUCCAUCAUGGAAUAAUUUGUGAUAGUUGCCACCUAGUCAUCCAAGGAAUGCGAUGGAAAUGCCAAAUAUGUCCAAAUUUCGACUUGUGCCAAACGUGCAAAUCUAAAGCACCAUCUAUCCAUCGUCAUCCAAGUACUCAUAAUUUCCGUCCAAUUCCAUAUCCAACCUCUAUCUCUAAAACUCAAUCCACUCCAAAUCUACAUUCCGCAAUUUGUGAUUAUUGCGAGUCUGUAAUAUUUGGAAUUCGACAUAAAUGUAUAAAUUGUCCUGAUUUUGAUCUUUGCACUAAUUGCAUUUCUCUUGCACCUAUGCAACAUCCGAACCAUACCUUUAUGCCGAUCCACCGACCAGGAGAACCGGAAAUCAAGAUACCAGAUUCUAUUAAUCAUCCUGGUAUCCGUUGCGAUGGAUGCAGCAAGGCGAUUAAUGGUGUCCGAUAUAAGUGUGGUAACUGCUCAGACUAUGACCUUUGUGGUAACUGUGAAGCCUCCCCGUUGAAUAAACAUAAUGAAACUCACGUAUUCAUCAAAAUCAAGAAACCAGUCUCUCUUCCAAUCUCUUCGCGCGAACCAUUACUUCAGAACUUUUAUUCACGUACCGAGCAUAAGUCACCCAGGGCAAAAUAUUGCUCCAACUUAGCUGAAGUUUUAAAGAAGACAAAAUCCCAAGAAGAAAUUCAACAAGCGGUUCCACCCUCGUCAGCUGUGCCUUCUCAAAAAACAGUCCCAGCUCAAUCUUCACCAGCUUCUCAAUCUAAACAAACAGUCCCAUCUUCAUCAGUUCCCGCAUCUCCAAAAGUGACCCAACCUUUAGCAAUCUCUCAAAAAGCAGCUCCAUCUUCAUCGUCUCCUGCAUCUACAAAAUCUUCAGCAGUUUCUCUCUCUCAAAAAUCAACUACUACUUCAUCCGUCCAAUCUCCAAAAUCAACUACAACUUCAUCAGAAGAAAAAUCAUUUUUCAGAACACCGCCAAGUCAAAAAUCCAGCUCGCAAUCAUCUGAAAAAAGUGUGAUUAGCAGAGCUCCAACUGCUCUUAUUCCUACAAAAAAAGUUGAAAAGACAGACAAAGUGGAACCUAAAGCCUCUGUUCUUCGUGCUAGUUUCAUAGAGGAUGUCAAUGUUCCAGAUGGAACUGUGUUACCAUCGCAAGCUCAGUUUUUGAAAAUUUGGAAAAUGUCGAACGAUGGUGAUGUUGCUUGGCCAGAAACCACAGUAUUGCAAUUUGUAGGCGGACAAUGGAUGUUUAAUGAAACCCAUUCGAGAACAGAACAAGAUUCCCCUCAAUUCGCUGUCGGCGCUGUCGAACCAAAUAAAAAUUUGAGUAUUACGGCUGAUCUUCAAGCGCCUGCAGAACCUGGUCGAUAUGUCUCAUAUUGGCGUUUGACGGACGGUCGAGGAAAUCGCUUCGGUCAUCGUGUCUGGUGUGACAUUAUAGUCGAAGCUGCUGAUCAACAAACAAGCAUGUCAUCUUCCAUGAUAUUUCCUAUAUUGACUUAUGAUCAACAAUCAAUUUCAAUUGAUCAAUUCUCGGUUUCUGAAUCUACUACUCAAUCAGUGCCCAUCUCAACCCAAACCUCUAUACGUACAUCGGAUGUUGAAAGACUUGUAGACGCCGACGAAGAUCCGUUCCAAGAUCCUGCAAUUCCCUCCGAAAUUGAUUCGGAUUUACAUUUGGAAGAAAAUCGCACAAUUGACGAUCAAUCGCAAGCAACACUGUCCAUCUCUGAUUUCAUUGUUGUUGAAAAAUAUUCGGAAGAAUACGAAUCAGCUCCUCGCUCACAACUCUUGCAUCCUCAAAGAGAUAAUGAUGGUGACGACGACGACGAAGUAGAUGUUAAUGAUCUUAGCACGAAUUUAGAGGAGAGAUCUUUCAUCAAUGAUACGGAAACUUCAUCAAUCGCUGCUUCCGUCGAAGAGAACGAUUCAGUCGUUGAGCACAAUUCAUUUGUUGAUCACAAUUCAUUUGUUGAUCACGAUUCAGUUGUUGAUCACGAUUCAGUUGUUGAGCACAAUUCAUUUGUUGAUCACAAUUCAGUUAUUGAAGAACAAAAUGUCGAGAAUGAUUUAAAGGAAGAAUUCGAAUAUCAACAAGAAUUGCAACAGUUGACUGAUAUGGGCUUUUCAAAUACCGCCUUGAAUAAGGAUCUUUUGCUCGACCUUGAAGGGAGUUUGGAGAAAGUGUUGGAAUUUCUUUGCAAUCAAUAA